AUGCAGCUUCCGACGAUGGGGCUGCACGGGGCAAACAGCAAUGCAAAGCUCAACAAGAAAGGACCCCGUUCAAUCAGCUUGAGCGAACUGGCUGCCGACGAUUCGCAAGGUCACCUGCUGCUCCCCAUCACGGUCCCUUUCAAUCAGCAAGUGCAAAGCCCACAGGAGCAACCACAGCAGCAGGAAGUUAAGGAGGAGGGCGGCUUCAAAAUGCUGCACAGCAGCAGCCAACACCAGCAGCAAGACGAGCUACAGGGCAUAGACACUGCAGCUUCAACGCCCAACCAUUUGGGGCGAACAGAACCCACAGACCGGCAGACAGACACCAAAGAGGAGAGCCCGCAACGAACAGUUGUGGUAGACAACAGUGAUGAAUCUCCAGCUUCACUGCUCCUGAAGAAUCAUUUUGCAAGUACAGACAGCGGGCAGUGGUUGGAAGAAGACAGCAGGCCGGAGUUUAUUCACCUUUGUUUCCCGGGGCUUCUUCCGCCUUUGGACAUCUCAGCUAUGCAGGCCCAAGAGUCGCAGCAGUCGGAGAGCAAACAGGGCCAGCAAGCGACAAAAGAACAGAAGCAAGUGAAAACAGGCAGCAGCAGCUUACGCAACACUCCGGCUCCUUUGCAUGCCCUACCGUCCGGUCGUAUCGGCCAACUGCUGAUUCGCCGCAGCGGUCGUGUUCACCUGCGGCUCCUUACUGAAGUCGCUGCUGAAAGGAAGGAAAAGGCUGUCUCUGAGGCAUCAGAGGAAACAGAUACAUCGCAGAGAAAAACAGUGGCCCUCGGACCUGCUUACAAGCUUCGAAGCGAGGACAUUUGUUACGACGUGCUUGUUGGCACUGAGGGCUCCUUUGCGCAGGUGCGUGCUUGGUAG